GUCAAAAUCCAUGAUAAGGAAUUCGUGUGAAUGUUUGCAGUAACCAACCAUACCAGAUUCGUAACUACAUGUGAUUAUAAUUCUGAAGACACAAACACAUCAUGAUUUUUGCAAUAUUCUUUGUGACCGGUGCUCUUUUGGUUGAUGGAAAGACGUAUCAUACACAAGAGUCCUGGCAAACGGGUGGUGAUGAACCAUCUCGCCAUGUAUCAAGUCGUUCACUGGUCCAACACUGGGAAAACGUUUUGGCCAAAGGCAAGUGUGGUUUUCCAAUGUUCACCUGUCAUGUAAGUGAAGUGUGUUUAUAUUCUUUGAGCGAAUUAUGCGAUGGCAGAGACAAUUGCCAACACGGGGAGGAUGAAAAACAUUGUACACAUGAAGACAAAGGUGCUAUUGCGUUUAUUCGUAACAUAUUUGAAGUAACAAGUUCACCUACUGCUCGACAUACGCAUAGCCACAACUCACAUGGGCAUCACCACCACGAACAUGUUACCAAACAAACGCACUCAACUCAUGCAAGCCAUCAUGGUGUUUCACAUUUUGUUCCAAUUACUGCCAAACCAAGUACUACAUCACGAACGACCUUCGCCCCAACACAAACAAAAGGAACAUCAUCAUCCACCGUGACACCACACUGGAUAAAGUUUACCCAGUCUACCGUUCCAUCAGUGAUCUUGUCAUUAUUGGGAUAAUUACGUUCUAAAUGUUAAAACAAUAAAGAUAUU